AUGUACAAACGGUCUAAUAAAGAACAUGAAGCAGGUAAUAAGAAGAUUAGAAACUGUGACGCGGCAGAAAGCAGUUUUCAAAGAAUGAGUGUUGUUGAUGAGGAUCCGUCAGGGACUUCAUCAUUUCAAUUAGGAAAUUUGAGUCGGUGCUCAUUGGUUUGUAAACCAGCUGCUGUUAAGACAGCCAACAGAUUCAUCAUGCUUCAUAAAGUAACUCAGUCCUGGCCUUCCCCUGCCUUGUCUUUUGUGGAGACAAUGCCUCAAGAUGCACAAAGUUCUCACGUUACAGCUUUUAAUUCAGGUGAUGGGUCCUCAAAAUCAGAUAAUGAGUCAACCUCGUCUAAGAGCAUAAGGGAUGUUCACAUUUCAAUGCGGUUAAUGGAGGACUUUCUAGAUCUUGCUAAAGAAAAUACAGAAAAGGAUAUGGAAACUUGUGGUAUACUUGGUGCCUAUCUUGAGAAGGGAACCCUCUACAUGACUACUCUGAUCAUACCAAAGCAGGAAUCCGCUUCCAAUUCUUGUCAAGCUACGAAUGAGGAGGAAGUGUUCAAAAUCCUAAAUGAAAGAUCACUUUAUCCUGUGGGAUGGAUCCAUACACAUCCUUCUCAAAGUUGUUUCAUGUCAUCUGUGGAUCUGCACACUCAAUAUUCCUACCAGAUGAUGAUUCCUGAGGCAUUUGCCAUUGUCUUGGCACCAACUGAUAACUUAAGGAGCUGCGGAUUAUUUCGCCUGACUGAACCUGAAGGAAUGAAUAUUCUGAAAAAUUGUCAGGAGACAGGAUUUCAUCCACACAAAGAACCAGAUAAUGGCAACCCUGUGUAUGAGCACUGCUCGAAUGUGUAUAGAAACACUAAUCUAAGGUUUGAAAUCUUUGAUUUACGCUAA